CGACUUGUGUUGACAAUACCGUAAAUUUCGAGAGUGAGUCAAAAGAGGAGAGAGAAAGCGAAGAAAACAGGGAGAGACAUCAAUGGAGAUCCAAAUGAAUUCCUCCUCUCAAAUAGGAGGAACAAGAUCUCCCUCAUCAUCAGCAUCUCCAUCAUCAUCAACAACAUCGGAUCCAAAUUCUUCAUCAUACAAUCAUCAAAACAACAAUCCUAAUAACCCUAAUCAAAUGCAAUCAUGGUGGGAAUCUAUCUCAAAAGCAAGAACAAGAAUUCACAUUCUCUCAUCCAUCAUUUCAUCAUCAACAUCAACAUCAACAUCAUCAUCUUCAUUUAUAUCAUCACUAGCUGAUUCAGAUAGACCAGCUAGAUCUUUACUUGAAUCGUCAGAAUCUUAUUUAACAAUUUCUAAUUUAUUAUCAAACCCUAAUUCUGGUUCAGGUAAUGAUUCUUUAUGUCAAUGGUUGUAUGAAACUUAUCAGUCAUCUGAUCCUGAUCUUCGUUUAGUUGUUCUUUCGUUUAUUCCACUACUAUCUGGUUUUUAUUUAUCAAGAAUCAUUUCAUUAGCUUCUUCUUCUCAUAAUAACCAAUCUUCACUAUCGGGUUUCGAAGCUGUCCUUCUUUCUAUUUACGCCGCUGAAACUAAGGCACGGGCAGGUAAACCUUGUUUAAUUUCAAUUCCUGAUCUUUCUCAACCUUCUUUAUACGAUUCUACACCCAGAAAUAAUAAAUCGAAUGGCACUGUUAAUCGGGGUGUUAAUGAUGGAGGAGUUUCUUCUGUUGGGGUUUUAUGUGCUCCAUUAGAACCACAGGUUGCUGUGAAAUCUACGAAACGAGCUUGCAUUGUUUCUGUCGCUCUUGAUUGUUAUUAUAAACAGAUAUCUCAAAUGCCUAGUUGGUCUAAACUUGAAUUAUGUCAAUUCUCAGCUGAUUGGGCUGGAAAAGAUUGUUCUUGUAGGCAUGAAUUUGACAAUGAUUUGAAUGAAGUUGCGGUUCUAAAUGAUAACGGAAAUAUUAGUUUUGGUGAAAAUAGAAAUAGUUUUGAGAGGGAUUCUGAAGAUGGUGAGAAUAACGAGGUUAACGAAACUGUAGAACAGAUUAAUAAAUUGAGAAUUAGAGAUGAGUUUAGUCACGACGAUGGGGUUUCUAGAGGUGUUAGAAUUCCACUUCCUUGGGAGUUAUUGCAAAUUGUGUUGAGAAUUUUAGGGCAUUGUCUUUUAGCUCCAUUGAAUUCACAGGAAGUGAGGGAUUCGGCUUCGUUUGCGAUUAGGUGUUUAUAUGCUAGGGCAGUUCAUGAUAUAGUUCCACAAGCUAUUUUGGCAACAAGGAGUUUGAUUCAGCUCGAUAAAAGGUCAAGAUUAGCUGCUAAAGAAGCAGCUAUGGCGAAUGCAGCUUCAAAUGCUAACACACCAAGCAAAGCUAAGAAACCAGAGAUUCUCUUAAUGUCGAAGUGAUGAUUGUGUUGCUUCUUGGAAAGUAUUGUGUUGCUUCUUGGAAAGUACCAGCGCUUGAUGUUUAUUUAUAAUUUAAAGUCAGUUUACAGUUCAGGAAACGUAAUGGAGAUGAUUGCCAAAGUUUGGGGGGGUAUGUAAGAUUUGCUUUUUUGAUCUUUAUUUCCAUUUUUCUCUAGUGGUUUGCCUGUAAUUUUUUUAGAUUAAAUUGUAUGUGAAGUUCAGUGUUCGUGUUCAUUCUUUCAUUUAUGCUAAUGUUGGUUUGUUUUCAUAGAAGUUUAUAGCUAGAUAUAUUUUCUGUUCUUGUGAUUCAACAUCAGCUAUAUGCAAUAUAUCUCCUCUUUCA